GGCUCGGGACGCGGCGGAGAUAUGGUGAAGAUGGCUGGCGGAGGCGGAGGAGGCGGGUCGGGGCGCUACUAUGGGGGAGGCCCUGACGGCGGCCGCGCGCCGAAGCGCCAGAAAACGGAAAACGCGGAUCACGGCCCGGGAGGAGCGGCCGGCGGAGGCGGGGAGAACUAUGAUGAUCCCCACAAGCCAGCUGCUUCCCCUGUUGUCCACAUCAGGGGCCUGAUCGACGGUGUUGUGGAAGCUGACCUUGUGGAGGCCCUGCAGGAAUUUGGCCCCAUAAGCUAUGUGGUGGUGAUGCCCAAAAAGAGGCAGGCUCUGGUGGAGUUUGAGGAUAUCUUGGGAGCCUGCAACGCUGUGAACUACGCAGCUGACAACCAGAUCUACAUUGCUGGGCACCCAGCCUUUGUCAACUACUCCACCAGCCAGAAGAUUUCACGCCCCGGCGACUCGGAUGAUUCUAGGGGAGUCAACAAUGUUCUUCUCUUCACCAUCCUGAACCCCAUCUACUCCAUCACAACGGAUGUGCUGUACACCAUCUGCAACCCAUGUGGCCCAGUGCAGCGGAUUGUUAUCUUCCGAAAGAAUGGUGUCCAGGCUAUGGUGGAAUUUGACUCUGUGCAGAGCGCUCAAAGAGCAAAAGCUUCUCUGAAUGGGGCUGACAUUUACUCUGGAUGCUGUACUCUGAAGAUUGAAUACGCAAAGCCAACCCGCCUGAAUGUGUUCAAGAACGACCAAGACACAUGGGACUACACCAACCCUAACCUCAGUGGACAAGGUGAGCCGGGUGGGAACCCCAACAAGCGUCAGAGGCAGCCUCCUCUCCUUGGGGACCAUCCGGCUGAAUAUGGAGGACCUCACGGUGGCUACCACGGGCACUAUCACGAUGAAGGCUACGGCCCUCCACCGCCUCAUUAUGAAGGGAGGCGGAUGGGCCCACCUGUCGGGGGCCGCCAUAGGGGGCCGAGCCGCUACGGGCCUCAGUAUGGACACCCCCCUCCUCCACCCCCACCCCCAGAGUAUGGCCCCCAUGCUGACAGCGCAGUCCUGAUGGUUUAUGGCUUGGAUCAGUCCAAGAUGAACUGUGACAGAGUGUUCAACGUCUUCUGCCUGUACGGAAACGUGGAGAAGGUGAAGUUCAUGAAGAGCAAGCCUGGAGCUGCCAUGGUGGAGAUGGCCGACGGUUAUGCGGUAGACCGAGCAAUCACUCACCUGAACAACAACUUCAUGUUUGAUCAAAAGCUGAAUGUAUGUGUUUCCAAGCAACAGGCCAUCAUGCCUGGCCAGUCUUAUGGCCUUGAAGAUGGUUCGUGCAGCUACAAGGAUUUCAGUGGCUCUCGGAACAACAGGUUUUCAACCCCAGAGCAAGCAGCCAAGAACAGGAUCCAGCACCCCAGUAAUGUGCUUCAUUUCUUCAAUGCUCCUCUGGAGGUGACAGAAGAUAACUUCUAUGAGAUCUGUGAUGAACUGGGGGUGAAGAGACCAGCUUCAGUCAAAGUGUUUUCGGGGAAAAGUGAAAGGAGCUCCUCUGGCUUGCUGGAAUGGGAAACCAAAGGUGAUGCUCUGGAGACUCUGGCAUUCCUCAACCAUUACCAGAUGAAAAACCCAAAUGGGCCGUAUCCCUACACACUGAAACUGUGCUUCUCGACUGCUCAGCAUGCCUCGUAAAUUUCGUUUGGCUCCUGCCAAGGAAGACUUCCUCCGUUACUCUUUUUGUGUGUGUGGGUUUUUUCAAAGUGCCCUGCAUUCCUUUUUUAAAAAAAGAAAAGAAAGAAAGCUUAAGUAGAGGCUGCCUGCAGCUAUGUCAGCUGGGAAGAAGAAGCCCUGUGGAGUUCGGGCGACAUCUGAUUUUAAAACUAUUGUACAUGUGACUUGUUCUCCCCACCCCCCCAGUCUUACAAUGUGCUGCCUGUGCAACUUGGCACACCUUAAUAAAGCUGUUUGGAAAAUA